CCACGAACUGGAUACUAGAAAAGACCUGCCACGUCCCUCACAGAGCCUACAGUUUGGCACUUGUAUCAGUGCAAGAGUUAUAUUAGCCAUGGAGUAUCAGAGGAACUUCAAAUUAUUGGCCGGAGUAUUUAUUGUCUUUCUCUCGUGUACAAAUGUGAUAAAUGGAGUUUAUAACGGUAAGUGUAUUUUACUACUUAAAUGGGCAGAUGAAAUCCACAUCUGAUGAUUAUAAACUGAAGAAGAUGAUGGUCAUGUAAUUAUUACAGCAAACUAAAAGGAAUUGUUCAUCCAAAAGCUACUCAAAACCAGAUGUCUCAAUUGGAGGUAUAUGCAGAAUUUGCUCAGGAAGUAAGGAGUUGGGUACUUCCGACACUGGUCAAGUUUAACAGCAAUUUAACAUAACCGUCAUUUGCAUCAAUUUAGAGAUAAGACUCGCUCGUUAGCUCAAUUUUUUUUCCGCAAGAGCUUCAGCAAUAGGUGCCUUUUCUCAACGUUACAGGUAUUUCAUGAUCUAUAGGGAAGGUAGUGAAACCCGCGCUUUCAAAGAAUAACAUGAAAAAUUACAUGAAAAAUAAUUUUGUCUCCAUUUCUUAAAUGUAAUGUUUGUUUGAAUUAUGUUGUGUUUGCACUUUGUUGCUCGCUGCUACUUCUGAGUACAUCAUAAAGCUGCAAAAAAAUACAUAAAAGGAUGGCAAAAGCGUGUACGAGACACAGUAAGCCCUCUGACACAAUAAAGCACCUUCAUCAACAGCUCGAUUAAUUAUAAAUUAUUUUGUACGUGGUCGAAAAUAAUACCGAAAAUUCUAUUCUCAAAGCUACUUGAAAACAUCGCGCCCUCGGGGAUUUCUUUUUGUACCAGGAUAAGCUGCUUCAGUCUUCAAAAUACGACUGAAUUCUUAAUGACCGAAAAUAAGACCAAAACGGAACCAGUGAGAGACAUAUACCAAUCGAAUUCUCAACUUUUUUCAAUCUUAACACCGUUUAAGACUCGACAUUAAGGCUGUUAAUAUGUAAUCCAGUUCUUAAUAAUCACAAUUGAAUUCAUAGCAGAAACUAGCCAUUGUUUUAGGAGAUCGUAAAGGUUGCUUUUAACACCAUAUUCAGUGUUUCUAACCUGAAUAAUCCUAUUUCAUCAAAUGUUUCUUAAUACACAAGACCCCCCUCCCUCGAACUCUUCACGCCAUCUGCCAUGAUUCCAAAUAUUUGUCGAAAUUAUCAUGAUCGGCUUCCCUGGGAAAUGUUCCUUAUAAAUGUCUUCAUCUUGAUCACGAUGUUCGGCGCCACAAUAUUUAAAACAUCGUAAAGAGAUGAUAGUCGCGAUGCACUACCGAACAACUGGUCAAUGUCAAUUUCACGAACAGUUUGUUGACUAUCGUGACGAUUAUUGGCCAUAAACUAACCGACCAUACUUCAGGGACAAUUACCGCGUUGUAAUAAAAAACGCAGCAAGAGUCAGAUAUAGAUGGGGGAUGUUUUUCAACAUAAGAAAAAGAAGAAUGAUACAAGGGAUUUUAACUAAAAUGGCCGAAUAUUGAACUACACAUUGUAGUUUCAUAGCAAAAGAAUUCAAGGAUUAAAUAUGUUAUUACACAUCCAAGUUCUAACAAAUAGUUUAUCAGAGAGGAGAAUUUACAAUCAUAUAUAGGAUGAGUGGCCUUCAUACACCAUCAAAGCAGUAAAGAGACGCUAUAUGUGGUUAUAUUUGGCCUUUAACUUGCUCACAUUGAAAGUAUACACCAUCAAAGUUUAGCUCUCUUCAUUGUAUUAAUGGAGCUAAAGAAAAAUAGAUGCCAAAACACACUCUUGAAUCUUGAAAACAUUUUCCAGCCGUAACUUUAAUCAUCAAUUCAGCUGCUCAUUGAAACUCAACUUGAGUUUAAAAAAAGAGAUCUUUUCCGUUCCCCAAUAUCCCACUCAACUGAAAUUAACAGCUGGCAGGACCCUGACAAUGACAAUUUACAAGUGAAUCGUUCCAUGCCAGCAGCAGGGCUCGUUCACACAGUGCAAUUGUAGUGUGAACAAAUUGGAAAACAAUCGUGAACAGAUCAUUAAAAAGUUAGCUGGCACGAAACGAUCAUAAGUUAUCGCGUAAAUACAGGAUAAAACCAUGCAAAUGUGACAACGCAAAUUAUCAAACUGUGAUCUUGCCACGCAAAUUCUUACACAUCUGACAAUUUUGGGGGGCUCUUGGGGUGAAAUCGUUCCCGAGCAAAAAUUUAAAAUAGGCCGAGUUUUGUAAAGAUUUCAGUGGAAAUUUCCCAAUUUGGGUUAGUACAUAGACGUUGCUUGAGUAAAACAAUAUCAAAUUAAAGCGUAGGGCUGAAAGGUAAACUCGAUCAACUUAACAGCUACAGUUUUUCAAAAGUAACGCGAAUUAACGGUUUAGGAAACUUCGUAAAAUCCAUGUUAACAGCAUGAAACCAUUUUCAAAUUAGUACGACUUGAUUCACUGUGGAUUUCGAUCGGCGCGAGUUCCUGGAGGUUUACAUAACUUUUAUUUCAAUUAAAAGGAAAGCUUGCGAAUCAGCGUCAUCAAAUUCUGGUUUAUUAUUACUUGAACUCACAAGGGACUCUUUUAAAUUUUACCGUGUAUCAACAAAAAGCUCUGUAUUUUGUAAAGAACUGUAUUAAACCGAGCAAACAGCAGAUCAAAAAUUAAUGAAAACGAAGAAUUUCUCCCCUUAAACGUUUUGAUAGGGCUUGCCUUUUCAGGUGGUCACCGGUAAAGGUUACCACUUGUAGUACCUAUUAUUACUGCCUAAAAUUGCUUGGAUUUCUUGAAAAGUUAGCAGGUAAAGGGAUUGUCCAACCGGUUUGAAGAUUUGUGUUACCUCUCGUGCUGUUCGUAACCUCAAAAUUGAUGUUAUUGGAAACAGCUAUACUAGAAGCAAGCAGUGCAAAGAUGUAGAAAACUUUAGGCCGGAGAAAUCAAGCUAUUGUUCUCAGUAUUCUUUUUUUCUUAAAGGUUAUUGAAUCCGGCUAUUUCUGACAUAUAUAAUCCUUUAUAACGAUUCUUCUCUAGAUUGGUGCCAGGACUUGAACACAAAAUGUAACGCGUGGAAGUCAAGAGGACUUUGCACAUCAUUAUCUCGCAGAGCCCAGAGAAUGAUGAGGAAACUUUGCCCUGAAACUUGCAACUUCUGCGGUAAGCUCCACGUUUGCAAACCUUUAACUUUCAGGGAGAGUUCAGUACUUGGAUUCCCUUUACACUUUUAGCCCAGUGAGACAUCGAAAGAUCGCGAGAAUCUAACGAAUUAUGAAUUAGAUGAUUAUAAUAAAACAAAUUCUCAUGAUAAUCCAAAGAAGAAAUUUUUCUUCCCUUGUUAAAAUUAGACUCUAUGCUUUAACUACUAAGAAAGAUUUCCAUUAACCAUAUCAUUUCAAAAGAAACCAAAAUUUCAUGGUAAUCUCCAAGUUAUUUCAAGCCUCGAAAUGCUACUUGUUCUCUGUAUUGAACUUGGGUAACCGGACGUUCGAAUAAGAAGUUAACCAAAAUGUUUUUUUAAAACAUAUUUUUGGUUCUAGAGCCUCCGUCGCCUGAGGUGUGUUACGAUGGAAAACAAAUAUCCAAAUACGGUUGUUGCUGGGACGGUAUUACCGCUGCCACUGGUCCGAACGGACAGGGAUGCCCUGGUACCGAAUUACUCUUUCUACAUUUUAAAUUUCAUUUACAUAUUAUCGUUUUACAAACCUUUCCUUCAAAUGAUCAUAAAUUGACCAACUAUGAUGGAAGAAAAUAAAUCCGCGACUACAGGCAGCUUUAACCAGCCAUAGGAAAUCCCUGAAUUAAAGCAAGUCCCCUUUGAAAGGGAAACACCAACGAGACAUUUUAGUUCAAAACUGGCACAACUAAUAGUUAUAAAAAGACCAUUACAGAAACAAAAUCAUAGAAAAACAAAUCCUAUCUGUUUUUCUCGGCUAUAAUCUUUCAGUUAAGUGAUUUCAAGCUCCCUUACCCUCCAAAUAAUGGAAGACAUCGAAGCUUUACCCCCUCAUCUCAUUUUCCUCUCUGACUGCGAUCGCAGAUCUUGUACAUGUAAUUCAUCUUGAAAAAAGAACACAACCUAUACGAUCCGAACUGCUUUUCCUCAAACUAUUUUUUUCGUGCAUUCAUUAUAAAUUAAUGAUAUCAGUGUAAAAGGGAUACGCUGCACUCGUCUCAGAGAGAAUGACACGCAGUUUAUCCUCGUUGGCAAGUUCCGACCAUAGUAUAGGCCACCGAUGAUGUGCGCGCGCAACUCACGAGUAAAAAAUUUUAAGCAUAAAUGAUUCGCGAUGAAAUACCACAGAUGUGUUUUUAAAAACCUUCAACUAGUAUUUAGCGGUAGCAUGUAUGCAUUAAUUGCUCGCAUUGCGCAAAAUUCACCAGUGCUACCACAAGGUACAGCAAAAAAUUGUACAUCUUUAACUAAUUCCUACUUGGUGUUUCUUACAGAUUGCGAAAACAAGAAGAGUGGAAGAUUUUGUUCGAUGAGGAAAUACUUGUGCUUCACGAAGAGAAACCAUAAAUUUCUCAGAGAGAACUGCCCAGAGACAUGUGGCUACUGCAAAAGUAAGUUUAGUUUUUUUAAUCAGGAAAAAAAACUUAAUGGGGUGUUUACUGUUGAUGUUUAGCAUAUCCUCUCCCUAGUCGUGAAAAAAGGCCAUAUGAUUAGAGAAUGACACCGAAUUAAACGGUGUAACGAAUGGUAUUUUUACAGUUUUGGCAGAGUCUUAAAUUGCAGACAAUAAUCUUUCCUAGCAAAUCACAAGCACAAAAAAAUCAACUCGAUAAUUGUUUACCUUUGCAACGGCGCUUUCGCACAAAUUCAAAGCUAACUGAGAGCGGUCAAGUCGUCAUUGGUAUAAGCUAUAGCUCAUUUGGUAACAGUUAUUCAAUACUAAGAAAGCAUUACUAAUUAAGCGCUAAAGAAUGUGUGCGACACUUGAAGUUUAAAACUUUUGAUUGUAAUUUUCAGAGGCGUCAUAUUCUUGCAUGGAGGAUUCUGGAGUUUGCGAAAGUGAGUGAGAUGUUUUUCUCUUUUUUACUCAAUUUGUUCAUGAGUAUGUAAGCUAUACAUGAUUGAACCUUAAUUUGCUUUUCGUUUGUAGAUGACUGUUACGAUGUUGAGCCUCAACAGCUGUGCGAACGACGCAAGAACAAAGGGUACUGUACAGUGGAGGAAUGGAAGAACUACCUGCUGAAAAACUGUCCAUUUACAUGUGGCUUUUGUGGUAAGAACAAGAAACGAUGGACCUCUCUGCAAAAUGGCUCCCAAAACUGACAAUGCAUCCUUAUAGCAGCUAGGAUGCAUUUCAUCAGGGUUAGGUUCAGAAGCCAAAUUCAGCACAGCGCAAAAACAAAGAAAAAGCAAAAAGUAAAGUGUUGAGGGGCUGGUGUGGUCACAUCCCACACUUAGAGAAAUAUAACGUUGAGUUUUUUGAGUGAUCUCGUACUUGUCUUGUUAUUUUUCCUUUCUCUUUCCAGAUGAAGACAAUCAAGGAAUGGUCGCUAGAAUGCUCUACACUGAUUGAAGACACCAAAUUUAAAAAAGACUCAGCCAACUUAAAACCCUCUCUUAAACAUUGUGGCUGUUGUCAUAAGUUUUCUGUCUUAGAUGUUGCUAACAAGCCU